UGGAACAAUUUUAGAAAAAGUAUAUCGAGAAAACUUGUUUAUUUAAUGUUUUUCUCACGAUUAAAAAUUUAACUGGAUAGAGAAAGAAUUGAAGACUCGAAAAGCAAAUUGAGACAAUCAAUCAAAGAUUUAGUCAAAAAGAAAAGCUUUUUUUGUAUUAAUUUUUUUUUCAAGCAAAAUUCUGGAGAUCAUUCACCUAAAGAAAACAUGAAUAUUUUGAGAACCCGUUUUUUUGAUCAAAUUAAAAUCCGAUGUAUCACUUCAAUGUAAUGUUGCAGUAUAAAAAUGCAGGAAAUGAUCAGAAGACAGUCAGUUGAGUGGUGCUAUCACAAUGAAUAAGAUCAGGUUAAUAAUGUUAUUGGUUUUUUUCGGCUGUUUUUGUGUUGCUGGUGGCUCAAAGAAUAACAAAGUGGAAGAAAUAUAUUUCUGGCAGAAUGUUAUUUACGAUGAUCCUCCCUAUCAUGAUGACUUUUUGAUUGGAAGAUAUCCCUAUCACAUACCCGAAAAUAAUGAUAUCAUUGGACUAGCUUAUCAUGCUAAAAGUGAAUUAAUGUUUGCUUCUGUGGGACGUUUCCGACCUGGUGUUCCAUCCAGUUUGAAUGCCUUCUGUACCAGCAACUACGAAAUUGGAACAAGUCCACAUAUUUGGGGAUUUCCAAACUACCAUAAGAACACCUUGAAAGCAUCCUUUUAUGGUGAAUUUAGCUACAAUAUUCGAACACUUUCAUCUAGUACUUCAGAGUAUUCAACCGGAUAUUACAAUUACUUCUUUAAAAGACAAAAUGAAACGGGUUUAAUCAGAAGGAGACUCUCAAAUAAUCCUCAAUAUUAUCCAAACAAACUCUUUAACGAAUUUAGCAUUAUCAAUGUUUAUCAUCCAACGGUUGACGAUCGCUGCAAUCGUCUUUUUGUCGUUGACACGGGUGCUCUUCACUAUGGACCAGAUGAGAUUUACGAAAUUCAAAAUCCUGCUCUUAUCGUUUUCCAGCUAAAUUCCUACAGGAUAAGAAGCUCAAAUGGAUGUGGAAGUCGUGAUUAUCCAGUCGUACGAAGAGUGGAAAUUCCCCAAAAUUUAUGGAGAGAUCGUGUUGGUUUUGCUUUUAUAUCAUUAGAUCACCAACCCAAAGGAACAUGUGAAGAUAUCUUCGUUUACAUCACUAAUGUCUUUGACAACAGCCUUACAGUUUACGACUACAAACGUAGUAGCUUCUGGUUAAUUCGGGAUCCGUCUAUGAAUCCCGUGUUAGGUGAAUCCAAAAUGGUUUUCAACGAUAACUUCCAUUACGAUUUUGUAUUCGGAAUUAAGAAUAUAGUACUCGGAUGGCCUGAUAAAAAUGAAAAUCGUAUUGCUUAUUUUGCUCCUGGGGCAAGUUUAGGCGAAUACGCAGUAUCAACAAAGUUUCUCAAGAACCCCAAAAAAUCUCUUAACUCUUUCGCAGUUAAAGGAGAAUUUACCCUAAUUGGUUACCGUGGAUGUGAUUCCCAAACAUUUAAGCAAGCCAUUGAUCCGGACACUGGAGUAAUAUUCUUUGGGGAGAUCCAAUCAAAGAGAAUUCGAUGCUGGAAUACCCAUCUACCAUUAAAUUCUGACACAAUUGGUGUAGUCUACCGAUCUGAUGCUCUUGGAUUUGUUUCGGACAUAUUUAUCGACGCAGACGGAUAUCUUUGGUUUCACUCGAGUCAUUUGCCAAUAGAUUUCUUAACUAGUACUCCCCUAGACUUAGACCGUAUUAAUUCUAGAACAUUUCGUGUUAAAGCAACAGAUGCAAUUAAAAAUACUGUAUGUGAUUUGUCUAGCAUUUAAAAUACAC